AACUGCAAGGCUGCAGUAUUGUCAUUCCAGUUCAUUUUAGAUAAUUGAACGUCACUGUUCAAAGCUUUGGUCGGUUGUUUUAAAGUAAAAUGUUUAUUAAAUCAUGUUGUACAUACAGCACUGGAGCGUUAUCAGUUGUCUUAAUAAUUGCAGGCAUCGCCUUGGUGUUGUCGCAAGUGUUUCAAAACGCACUGUACUCGAGGGUAAAGGAGGAAAUUGUUUUGAAAAAUGGCACUGAUGCAUUUAUGGCUUGGGAGAAUCCACCUCCCCCUGUGUAUAUGCAAUUUUACUUCUUCAACGUUACCAAUUCUGACGAGGUGCUGAAAGGAGAUCGUCCAGCAGUGUUUGAGGUUGGCCCUUACACUUACAGAGAAUUCCGUCCAAUGGAGCGAGUGAGCUUUUCCGAGAAUGGAACCAGAGUGUCUGCUGUCAAUCCCAAGAGUUAUGUGUUUGAUGCCAACAUGUCCAUAGGACCUGAGGAUGACCUCAUCAGAACUGUGAACAUUCCAGCAGUGACUGUGAUGGAAAUGUUUAAGGACAAAGUCAUCAUCAGGAACAUAAUCUCGGCACUAAUGAAGUCUAAAAACGAAGGCCUCUUCAUGACACGCACUGUUGGAGAAAUUCUCUGGGGCUAUGAAGAUCCCUUGCUAAAAGAUUUGACUCGUUUUGAGAAAACGCUAGAUCCUCAUUUUGGUCUCUUCUAUAAGAUGAACGCCACAGAGGACGGGGAGUAUGAGUUCUUCACCGGAAAAGCAAACUACAAAGACUUCGCCAGAGUGGCUGAGUGGAAGGGUAACAGUUCUCUGGAAUGGUGGUCCUCUGACCAAUGCAACAUGAUCAAUGGCACUAAUGGAGCCUCCUUUCACCCAAUCAUCACUAAGGAUGAGAGUCUGUUUAUGUUCUCCUCAGAUCUUUGCAGGUCCAUUUACGCCCAGUAUGAGAAGGACCUCAGCGUGAGGGGAAUCCCGGCCUACAGGUUUGUGCCCCCCAGUGCGGUGUUUGCCAACGUCAGUGUGAACCCCGCUAACACUGGCUUCUGUGUGCCCGCGGGGAAGUGCCUGGCGUCAGGUCUGCUCAACGUCAGCGUCUGUAAGCAAGGUGCGCCGAUUAUAAUGUCCUCUCCACAUUUCUACCAGGCUGAUGAGAAGUUUGUUCUUGACAUUUUUGGAAUGAGACCAAAAAAAGAGUACCACGAGACUGCCCUUGAUAUCAACCCACUCACAGGGAUUCUUCUGAGGGCAGCAAAGCGACUGCAAGUGAAUGUCUAUGUUGAGAAAAUUCCUGUUUUCAGCCAAACCGGUAAUGUCCAGACACUGGUAUUUCCUGUGAUGUACCUCAACGAGAGCGUGACUAUUGACGAGGAGUCGGCCAAGAAGCUGAGGGCUGUGGUCACCGAGGGUAACGUCAUUGUCAACAUACCCUUUGGCCUGAUUGGCCUGGGGAUCCUGUUGGGCGUGGUCUUCAUGGUGCUGAUGUGCUGGCAGCGAGGUCCUGAGUCCACUGCCGCAGAGCGACAGCCGUUACUAAGCUCGUCCUAACUCCAUCAAGGAGGAGGAUCAUGGGAGAAAGUGGAGAACUGUGCAAAUUGUGGUCUUCUCAUUCAAGGUGUGUCUAGCAGAGAAAGCCUCAAAAACCAUUGCCUCACUCAACUAAUAGUAUUUCUGCAUGUUACUGCCAUUUGCAACAAAUGUACUGUCCAAUCUCCAAAGAAUGUUUCUAAUAUAGUGUGGUAUUUUAUUCCUUAACAGAUCAUUUGUGAACUAACAUUUGCGUUGAAGUUUUUAACUCCCAUGUAUGUCUUUGUUAUUGCGAGGUCUGACUGAGGGACUUUCAUUGGUGUUUUAUACUUUUUUUUUUUCUUUUUGCUGCUUAUGGUUUACAUUUUCAUAAUGGGAAGUACUGGCAGAAUAUUUUAAUGAAUGGAGAUGUUGAGUGCUUGGAAAUUUGCCUGACAGCUAUUGGGUCACCAGGCAAUCCAGGUGGAUUCAUGUCCACCAGUUACGGUGCCAUCUUGGAGAGGGACAUUAUGAGUAAAAGGUGUGUCAGUGUGGUGCCGCAGGUUGCUUACUAACACUGUAGUGAUCAUUUUGGACAGGAAGUAAAUUAUACAUUAGAAACAAAGAUCUUGAAAGAUAAUGUUUGGUGUCAUUAAUUUGACAUUUGAAAUAUAUCUUAUCUAACAUAUCUUGGUACUACUUGCUCCAUUUUACUCAUUGAUAGUAGCCAAGCUUCCUGUUCAUGAAAGUGAUGUUUAUUGUACAUAAUUUGUUUGCACUUUAAUGGUGUUGCAACCACUUAGUCAGGGAUUUUAAUGACUUUGAAAUUACUUUUCUUUUUUCCAUUUAUUUUGAGAAAGUGUUUUUUUUUAGUUUUUUUUAUUGUUGGGUUUUAUUCUCUUAGGAAGUAACCUGUUUAGAUAAUUGCCAGCCUUUGCUGAACAUUGAACCAACUGUAAAUGUAUUACAGAAUUCAAAUAAAUAACUGAAAUGUAAUAGUUUAAACAACACUGUCAUUUGCAGUCAAUGUUCCCUGUGAAAUAAUUUUUAAAAUGCGACCAGCUUGUUUCUUGUUUAUAUUAAUUCUGGGGGUAUAUACAGUAAAGGCUGUCAGAAGUGGAAUAAUUUUGCCAACAAAAAAAAAUAUAUACACUAUUGUUCAGUUUGGGGUCAUCUUGUCUUUUUCUCAUUUAAUAUUUUAUUUUAUCCGUUUGUAAUCAGACAAUUCAUACAUGGUCAAAGUGCAGACUCCGAGCUUUAUGGCAGCAGCAUGAUGGUUUGAGGCUCAUUUGAUACGUUGGACCCUCGAUGACUUAAAACCAUCUAGCCAACACAUUUCUUCUAUAUUGUAUCAGCAUAAUUUACAGCUGAAUUUAGUUCCACUCCCCAAUUCCCAUAGUGAUCCAUUCAAAUGCAAAGAGUUUUAAUAUCGCUUAUCAGACAAGCCUUAUUUUUCCUAAAUCAAGCUCAAACUGUUCCUUACAUUAACCUGUCUGAUGGAUUGCUGCGAUGGCAUCUGAGAAGGCCAUUCAGGCUUUAAAGCGUUGGCCUCUGUUGUUACUGAUUCAGGCUACACCCCCCACACUCUCACCAAACUGGAGCAAACGUACCUCAAAGCCUAUUGCAAAAUUUGCACACUGUCCGGGGGAAAUGUACCGUUCAUCUCUGAAACCGUAGUGAAACGUUUUCCAAUUGAACAUGCCCCAGGUCUUGAUUGAAGACCGUGAUUUGUUAAUUAGUUGAAUCAUGAAUGUAUUUUUUUUAUUAAACUUUUUUUGUGCAUGUUUAAUAAAUGUCAUUGAACUGCUCUAAUUUUAAUGUGGGCAUUUCUCACUGCUUCUAAAAACAUAUGCCACUGUACAAAAAUGGGGUAAUUGCUUAUGAUGGGGCCUGAAAAAUAAGCAUAGUGACUGAGCUAGAGGUUGCUAUGGGCAGCCUGUAGUCUAGUCGUUAAGGUAAAUGACUGGGACCUGCAAGGUUUGUGGUUCGAUCCGUGGUGCAGCCACAAUGAGACCCGCACAACUGUUGGGCGACCCCCACAUUGCUUAACCCCACGGGGGAUUGUCUCGUGCUAAGUCUAAUCAACUGUAAGUUUCUUUGGAUAAGUGUUAGCUAAACAACAUGUAAUAUAAUGUAAUGGAGGACUGGAGCACAACGCGAGGAGAUAAACUGCUGGCCCAAAUGAUACAUUGCACAGAAGGCCCCAUGUCAAACUAAUGGUAAUUGAUGUAAAUAUUAUUUUUUGUGCGCUCUUUGUGAUGUCUCUUUUCUGCCCUGCAGUUAUGAUAUGAUUUAUCAUCUGAUUUUUCCACCCCAACCCAUGCCAGUCUGUUUCACAUAACAAUAUUUCAGAACCAGAACAUGUUUUUUUCAGCUGUGGCACUGUGUAAAUCAAGCUAUUUUUAUUAAGUGUGUACACUACCAUUGUAACAAAAAAAACCCCAAUAAAAAUAUUUCUGUUUACAAAAAUGCCAUAACAUAUUUACAAAUAAAUAAAGGCUGUAUUGACAGAG